AUGGAUGCGAAGCCACAGCGUAUUCGUGUCCGGGGGGACGAAAAUGUGCCGCCCUCCCUUCCGGCCAACAAGGCCAUUCAUCACCGUAACAAGUCGACCCCGGCGUUGAGCCUGGCCCACAAUGGAGCCAACAAUGGCGGGAGACAGGCCUUUGGGGAUAAAAGUAACCACAAGGAUGCCAUUCAAGUCAGUCGCGAUGACUGUGUACUGCUGAGCAAGUCCAACCAGCUGGAGAGCAAGCCCGGCUUGUCGCAGCCGGCGCAGCGGCCCAUGUCCAUGUCUGGCCUGAAGGGUCUGCUCAGUAAUGUGACUAUCAAGCCAAACCCUGCUGGCAAGGCUCAGCCCCAGAAGAACAAGCGCAGCAAUGAGGUCUACAAAGACCUGCCGCCUGUCGCAGAGAAGGAACCAUCCGAGGAAGUCAAGCCGACCGAGACUAGUGGCCCUGCCACCGCCCCGAUAGAAGAAGAUACCGCCUUGAAGGAGGAAGCUAUCGUGUUGAAGGAGGCGCCCGAGCAGGAGGAAUCGAUUGCCCCGACUGCAUCUGUCGUCGAUGCCUACACCAGCAAUACCACCUCCCACGCUGCGAGGUUUCCCCUCUCUCCUCCUCCUGAACCUGUGCCACCUCCGCAACCCGCUCACGACGAGGGUCACGAGGAUUCAGAGGGUGAAGACGAGUACGAGAUGUCUCAACCCACGCAUAUCGAGAAGAACGGCCGCAUCAUGACGGUCCUUUACCCGCGGAUGACGGUUCUCACCAAGCGAGAGCUGUUCCAGGCCCGAAAGCUUGUCAACGUUGUCCGCACCAGGGAGGACGUCGAGGAGGAGCUCUGGGAUACCAGUCUGGUGUCCGAAUACACCAAUGAGAUCUUCCUUCACUUGCGGAACACUGAGAUCAAACUGCUGCCCGUGUACAACUACAUGGCCAAGCAGACCGAAAUUGAGUGGCCGAUGCGCUCGCUCCUGAUGGACUGGCUGGUGCAGGUGCACUAUGACUUCGCGCUGUUGCCUGAGACCCUGUAUCUGACUGUCAACUACAUUGACCGUUUCCUCUCCCACAAAAUCGUCUCGAUGGGCAAGCUGCAGCUGGUGGGGGCCACUGCGCUCUUCAUCGCGGCCAAGUACGAGGAAGUCACGGCUCCCUCUGCUGCUGAUAUCUUGAUGAUGGUUGACAGCGGCUACACUGUGGAUGAACUCCUCAAGGCGGAAUGGUUCAUGCUGAACAUUCUGAAAUUUGACCUGGGAUGGCCCGGUCCCAUGAGCUUCCUGCGUCGCAUCAGCAAGGCGGACGACUAUGACUUGGAGACUCGUACUAUGGCCAAGUACUUCCUGGAGGUGGCCAUCAUGGAUGAGCGCUUUAUCUGCACCCCUCCGAGCUUUCUGGCUGCCUCGGCUCACUGCCUGGCCCGGCUGAUGCUUUUCAAGGGUCCCUGGACUCCGGAACAUGCCUUGUACAGUGGCUAUCUCUAUGCCCAGUUGAUGCCUGUCAUUCGCGCCCUGCUGGACUGCUGCCAGGACCCGAACACUCACCAUGGGGUGGUCUAUGCGAAGUACUGUGAGCCUCGCUUCGACUGCGUCGCCCACUUUGUGGAGGACAAGCUCGACACCGGCUUCUAUCUUCCUCCACAGACUGAACUGUCGGACCCUGCUCGCCUGGACCGGUUGGCCAACUAUUAA